AUGCGGCUCCUCCUGGGCCUUUUCUGCCUGGGCUCCUCGGCACUAGCCCUAAAGAAUGUUUUUGUAUCGUCACCUUUUGACAAUUUCCGGAUAGAGUGUCCAAAGAAAUCAGGAGCCAACGGCCUUGGUGUCCGAAUGGUAGAAUCUGUAGGAGCGAAAAGACAAGAUGUCGUUUUCGAGAUGUCGUGCGACGAGGUGUCAGAGCUGUAUCCCUGGAAGAACAUUCCCCAAGGUAUCGUCGAUAUGGAGCGAGAAGACUGCCAUUACUCCCAUAUGUUUGACCCUAUUAUCGAUGAGGAGAGCCAGUUGUCGUGCGGAAAUCGAGAAUAUUUAGCUGGCAUUAUUCGAAUUGCGGAGACAAAGAUCCAAAUCAUGUGCUGCCGCCUCCGCAGUCGCGAAGAGUUCAACUGCGACGAGCAGGUGUUUAACAAACCGUUGGGCCCGACGAGGAGCACGAUUAUUGAAAAUGACAACAUGCUGAUCAACUCGAUCGCCGUUAAAGAUAUGCAAUAUCGUGUCCGAUUUUGCGAUUUUUCACCCAGGAGUAUUGAAGCCAUCUAUGAGGAUCUGCCUGCGAACAAGAAGAAGGAGUUUUUGGCUUCCACCACGGAGGCGUCGUUGAUUCAGCCGGCCGAAGAAUCCAACGAGCUUGGCGACAACAGCAAACCAAGCCAACCGACCACUACUAGGUCCCAGCCGACCCUGUUGCCAUCGUCGGGGAGCUCCACUGAGCCUAAGCUUACCCUUAUUAGGCUGAACAUGGAUGGAUCUUUUGCUGGAGCUGAGGAGAUUACGGCCAAGGAAUUCAUGGAAACCCCCAACCCGGCCCCCGAGCGAGAGCAAGCCAACUCGGCCUCAAAUUCAGUUGAAGACGAGCCGGUCUUGCAUCAAAACCAGAAGCCUGAACCCGUCGUCCCGAUGGUUGAGAUGUCAACGGAGCAACAAGAUUCGCAAGAGCAACCUCAAUUCGUGAAGGGACGCAAGUUUGGAAACCGUCCUCAUGCUCACGGGCUUCCCUCUUUGCAUAGCCAAGGAAAAGCCGUACCACCAAUGGUUUCGGAUAUUCUGAAGCGAAUCGAGUCCGCUUCCAGCGAGAAGGUGAAGACCGAGAUUUUCAAGGAGAGCAUCGCUCAACUCUUGGGGGAGAGGUUGCCUGAGUUUGAGCAGAUGUCUGCGCCAAAGCGAGUCUUGCCGACGACCACUACGACGACGCCGACGACGACGACGACAACCCCAACCACCACCCCGACAACUACGACAAGGACCACGACAACGACUACAAGGGGUACUACGACGACAACCGAGGCACCGACGACGACAAGGGCACCCACAACUACCACCACAACUACGACCAGGGCACCUACAACUACUACCACCACGACUACUACAGCCGAGCCGGAAACCACCGUCCCGCUCAAGGUGUUCAAGCGGCCGGAGUAUCAGGCACCUGAGACCUCGGCUGAAGCUGGAAAGCAGAUCGUUGAUGUCUCCAAGAUCACGUUUGCCGAUAGCGACUUCCCACAACCACCCAGCAGUGCCGAGCAGGAAGUGGAGCAAACGACGGAGGCUGUGCACGUCCCCAUCCCAGCCGAACUUCCCCAAUCCGCCGACUUCAUCAUGCUGAAGUCGCUGAAGAAGGGCCCCAUCCGGCGGGCACCAAUUCGGGCAUUCCGCAAGCACGUUGAUUUAUGGUCUGAAGAAGGGGGUGAAGAGCCCAAUUUUGCGGAUAUUUUGGACGCGGAAACUCUGAAAUUGGAGAAGGAGGUAGAGAAAAAUAAGCAGAAGAAGAAGUUAUUGAAGAAACUGAUGGAAGCGUUAUCUCUCAGCGACAAUUCUGGUGAAGUUUUCGUCCCGGCAUCGACUGAAAAGAGCCAGGAGGAAAAGCCGAGGAGAAGAAAAAUCAUCCGUAAAAUCAUCCGCAAAGUCCGGAAAACCACGCCGACACCAACCACGACCACGGAACCGGAACCCGAGUACCUCGAUCCAGAGCACACAACAACGACUUCUUCACGAGAUGAUAUCGUCAAAAGCUACCAGGAGUUGAAGCUCAAGGAGAAUUCGAUCGUUUUCCAUACCGCUGAUAAUGCCAAGCAUAUCGAUGAGGAGACGGAGUACUCACCAUUUGACGAUGAGGAGGCGGAUCAGCCAGCUCCGACACGAAACCCCACGAUAGAGCUCGGAUUCCAACAGGACAUGGACGUGGAAGAAGCCGCUCGUCGUUUAACUGAGAAUAAACAUGAAAUCCGAAGAAUGCAGUCUACACAACAAAACGAAGGGAAACCGAGGGAAGAGACGGAACCCAGAAAACAACCCGUACGGACGACCACCGAAAAGGCUUCAGAGGAGAAGCCUUCAAAGGAGGAGCUGCAGUUUGAGAACCUGGUAUCCGACGAGCCGAUCCUAUUUCCGGAAUUUAAUGAGAAAGAUGGGGUGACGACAGCGACGAUGGAGAUGCCGAAGGAAGAAAUAACAACGACUACUCCCGUCCCAACGACAUCAACAAGGAGGUCAGCGCCUAAGAGGCUGAAAGAAGCUGCAAAACGACAUACGACUCCCCAACCGGACUAUCCGGACCUUCCGGAAGAGCUCGUUCCGAUGCAAGUCACCAAGAAGUACAAAUUCCACAAAAAGAAGCACCCUACUGAAUUCUACCCGACGGUUACAACCACUGAGCAUGCGACUACGGAAGCCACAACCACUGAAACCAGCUUCCCUGAACCCACAACUACAGAUGCCGAUUGGCUAGCUUGGCAGGCUGCCCAGACGACGAUGGUUGCGGAGACGACAACUGAAGAAUCCGACAACUACGACUUUUCCAAGUACUUCCACACCUUGAGACCGAGGUUGCAGAAGCAGCAGAGAUAUUUAACGUUCUGCACGAAAGAUACGGCCCUUCGUGACCGUUCGAAUAUGGUAAUUGCGUGCGGAGACCAAGAUGGAGAGUGGUACCCCACUCGAUGCCCAGAGUCGGCCGGCUGCUUCGACUCCGAAGACGCCACCUACAAAAUCUGCUGCAACGUCUCAAACGGA